AUGGACGGGCCUGAGGAUCUUCAUGUAGCUGGUGUUACUAUGGCUGAAGAAGGCCUGGUCUCGGAACACAGUCUUGCCCACACGCCAGGAGAGACUUUUCAGGGAGACGUUAUGGCUGGAGAAGGCCUGGUGUCAGAUCUCAGUCCUACCCACACACCAGAAAAUACUUUGCAGGGGCACAUUAUGGCUGGAGAAGGCCUGGUGUCAGAGCCCAGUCCUACCCACACACCAGGAGAGACUUUGCAGGGGGACAUUAUGGCUGGAGAAGGCCUGGUGUCAGAGCCCAGUCCUACCCACACACCAGGAGAGACUUUGCAGGGGGACAUUAUGGCUGGAGAAGGCCUGGUGUCAGAGCUCAGUCCUACCCACACACCAGGAGAGACUUUGCAGGGGGACAUUAUGGCUGGAGAAGGCCUGGUGUCAGAGCUCAGUCCUACCCACACACUAGGAGAAACUUUUGAGGGAGACGUUGGUUUGUUGGAACGAAGCAGUGUUGAUCUGUUUGAAAAGACAUCUGAGUCAGAGGACUGCCUUGCCCACAACCUCGAUGAGAUGGACCAUGGCUCAUCAUAUAGAAGCCAUGUUGAUGUCUGUGGGAAGCCACCUGAGAUGCUGGUUGAGGAAAGACUUGGGUCUUCAGAAAGUCCUAUUGCUGUUGCAGAAUCUUACAUUGAUGGCUCAGUUGAAAAUAAAAAUCUCUUAACAUUUCAAGACCGCCAUAAGACAAAGGCAGGAGAAGCGAUCAUUUCUGGAAGUGGUGAAGGUGCCCAGAUCAUGGGUGCAGAUAGUGUCACAGAAGCACAAGGUUUAGCCAUUCCGGAAGACGGUGGUCAGGAUCCUGAGGAGCCCCCCAGCAAGAAGCCAUGUGUUGACCACACAGGGCCGGUCUGUGACGUUUGCACCCAUGAGGUGGAAGAAGUCACCCAGGAAGGAGGAACAGAGCUGGCAAAUCCAGAGGACACGACUGAGACUGCAGAGGAGACUUAUUUCCCACCAUCGUACGACUUCUCUCAGCCUCCCUGGGCGCUGACCGGAGCGUGGAACGAGUACUCCAACGUUCCCGAAAACUUCCUGAAAGGCUGCAAGUGGGCUCCGGAUGGGUCGUGUAUUUUAACAAACAGCGAUGACAACAUUCUGAGGAUAUGCAAUCUUCCAUCGGAGAUCUAUUCCGGAGAAUGGGAUUUGCUGCAGGAAAUGGCCCCGGUUCUCCGUAUGGCUGAGGGUGACACCAUUUAUGAUUACUGCUGGUAUCCGUCUAUGAGCUCCGCUGACCCCGACACAUGCUUCAUUGCCAGCAGCAGCCGGGACAACCCCAUCCAUGUGUGGGACGCCUUCAAUGGAGAAAUGAAAGCUUCUUACAGACCUUACAAUCAUCUUGAUGAACUGACAGCUGCUCACUCCGUCUCAUUCUCUCCGGAUGGGUCUUUGCUUUUUGCUGGUUUUGAUAAAAUGAUUCGGGUGUUUAAUACGACUCGCCCGGGAAGAGACUGUGAGUGUCGACCUACUUUCCAGAAGAAGCAAGGCCAGCCGGGUAUCAUCUCCUGCAUUGCUUUCAGCCCUUCUCGGGACAUUUACGCCUGCGGUUCGUAUUCAAAGUGUCUGGGCCUGUACUCCUACGAGGAAGGGAUCACUCUGUCUGUUCUGCACGGUCAACAUGGAGGGGUCACCCACCUGCUCUUCUCACCAGACGGAAACUGUAUAUUCUCUGGAGGACGGAAGGACCCCGAGAUUCUGUGCUGGGACGUUCGCCAUCUUGGAAGGACUUUGUGUUCAUUGAAGCGCAGCGUUACCACCAACCAGAGGAUCUACUUUGAUAUGGAAACCUCGGGGCGUUACCUCCUCAGCGGAGACACUCGGGGCUUGGUGACAGUCUGGGAUAUGGUGUCACCUCCAGUGGAAGGUGUAUUGUCACCUGCCCUCCAUUUCCAGGGCCAGAAGGACUGUGUUAACGGGAUCAGUCUGCACCCCUCUCUACCUAUCUUGGCCACCACAUCGGGGCAGCGGAAGUUUCCGGAGUCAGAAGACAGCAGUGACGAGACCCCGGACCCCGAGCAGCCGAAACGCAGCCUAGCUGGAGAGAACUGCCUGCAGCUCUGGUGGUGUGGCGGAAGUCAGGCCAAGUAGAGAAGAUGAUCCCUGUAUUGCUAACUCAAGAUCUGUAUAGA